AUGCCCUCUCCGCUGCUGGUCGUCGAGCUGGUGCUGCUCCACCAACAGCACGGCGCUGCUCUAGAGGAUCUCGGACAUCUCGUCGCCGACUAUCUGGGCCCAGACCGGAACCUGCCGCUGAGUCACGCGUGCAAUUUCGGCUCCAUGACGCUGCUGGACUGGAUGUGGGGAUGCAGCUCCAUCUCCACGACGGGCAGAAGUCCACACUGGUCGCUGACGAAUUAUCUUCGGUCAAACCCGAACUACUACCAGUACCAAUUCCACGAAUCGAUGCUGGCGGCUGCUGGAAAGGGUGAUUUACGAGUAAUUAAGUGGUUGAUGAAACAUUUCUCGGGCUGUGAAGUCCCAGUGACAGUGGUGGAGAUCGCAGCAGAGCGAGGCCGACUGGAUAUACUGCAGUUUCUACUGGAGCACGACGCUAGCCACCGAGUCGAGGAGGGUUCCAGUCGCAAGAAGAGGAAAAUGGGGACUGAAGAGGGAGAUGCUUUGCCCAAUGACGAUGAAAAAGACGGAGGCAAUGUCGUGCGCUGGGAUGGAGAAGGAAUCACGAAGGCUCUGCAAGUGAAGCGGCAUGAUAUCGCACGGUUCCUCUACGAGAAAACGCCUCACGGUGUACGAGCCGCCACAUUUCGAAUUGCUGAUAACUUCCCAGCAGUCUAA